AUGCCUAUCGAGCUCAUUCUUUCUCCCAUCAUGAGGCCAGUGGUGUUGGCAAAAUCUUUGCUAUUUGCACCACAUCGUAGGUCAUCUAGGUAUAUUCCUCAUAUAAUACAACUUGAUGAGGCAAACUGCUCAAGAUAUGCAAUUAGGAGGAGAUUCGGUACAGGAUCCAAAAUCUUUGAUGUAUACGAUACGAAAGAAGAAGGAUCUGGACCAAGCGGACCAACUGAACAAUCAAAGUCACUUUUCUGGUUUGUAAGAUCAAGAGCUGUCAAGGGUGCUUAUAAAAUGUACUCAAAUGCAAUCAGAGCCACAGGUCCAAAUGCAGAAGAUGAACCCUGUGCUACUUUAAGGGCAGGCUUGAGAUCAAAUGUUUUGCUCAUCAGAGCACCCGAGGCUCCAGUGGCUGAACUUGGAUGGCAUGUGAUCAGUCACCGAGUUGAUGCUUUAGAUGCGUACAGGAUGUUCACUCUAGCAGAUGGAGCUACCUACCAAUGGACUACAAAAGGAAAAUACUUAGAGAGGGUGAAGAAUGUUGGUGAAAAAGAAUCCGAGGUCAGAGAGAGAAUCGGCCAGGUUGUACCAGCAGCUGCUUCUGGAUUUGAUCUUAUUGUGGAUGACACUAAGAUUCCAAGGGAGAUGGCAUUGGCCUCUGCUUUAUGCUCAUUUAUCGACCACUGGAAUACAAACAUUGACGUUGGUGGAAUAUACUAUGCAAGACAGCCACGUCAUGUCAGAUGGAAAAGAGACUAG